AUGGAAAACAGUGCUUCUCCUGAACAGAAUCAAAAUCACUGCUCAGCCAUCAACAACAGCAUCCCGCUGAUGCAGGGCAACCUCCCCACACUGACUUUAUCUGGAAAGAUCCGAGUGACCGUUACUUUCUUCCUUUUCCUACUCUCCACAACCUUUAACGCUUCUUUCUUGUUGAAACUCCAGAAGUGGACUCAGAAGAAAGAGAAAGGGAAGAAGCUUUCAAGAAUGAAGGUGCUUCUAAAACAUCUGACUUCAGCCAACCUGUUGGAGACUCUGAUUGUCAUGCCACUGGAUGGAAUGUGGAAUAUCACAGUCCAGUGGUAUGGGGGAGAGUUCCUCUGCAAAGUCCUCAGCUAUCUGAAGCUUUUCUCCAUGUAUGCCCCAGCCUUCAUGAUGGUGGUGAUCAGCCUGGACCGCUCCUUGGCCAUCACAAGGCCCCUUGCUGUGAAAAGCAACAAGCUCGAACAGUCCAUGAUUGCCCUUGCCUGGAUCCUCAGUAGUGUCUUUGCCGGACCACAGUUAUACAUCUUUAGGAUGAUCCACCUCGCAAAUGGAUAUGGGCAGACAGAAGUUUUCUCUCAAUGCGUAACACACUGCAGUUUUCCACAAUGGUGGCAACAAGCCUUUUAUAACUUCUUCACCUUCAGCUGCCUCUUCCUUAUCCCACUCCUCAUCAUGCUGAUCUGCAAUGCAAAAAUCAUCUUCACUCUGACACAGGUCCUUCAUCAGGAUCACCACAAACUACAACUGAAUCAAUCCAAAAACAAUAUACCAAGAGCACGGCUGAGGACCCUAAAGAUGACAGUUGCAUUUGCCACUUCAUUUAUUGUUUGCUGGACUCCCUACUAUGUCCUAGGAAUCUGGUAUUGGUUUGAUCCUGAAAUGUUAAACAAGGUGUCUGAUCCAGUUAAUCACUUCUUCUUUCUCUUUGCCUUUUUAAAUCCAUGCUUUGACCCACUUAUAUAUGGGUAUUUCUCUCUGUAA